GGAAAGUGUCUCAUCUCCCUGAUCCCGUUACUCACGGGUUCUUCUUGCCUAAACACCGUCCUGCCCAAAAUACUUUUCAUUUCAUCUUGUUUCCUUACAGCCUGCACAGUUCUCAUUGAACCUUGGUGAAUUUAUUAAUCUCUUUGAACUUUUUUAACCUGUUUUUCUCCACACUCGAAUAUCUGUGUGUUAUCAGAGUGUUCGCCUGCCAUCAUGGCGACAGGCGGCUCACAGACGGACGUGAAGAGUUCUCUGAACGGGAACUUGGAUUUAUAUCACAUCUGGUUCGGUUCUACAACUCCACGACCUCCUCUAAGAAACUAUCUGCUCCUGACCAUCCUCACCUGCUUCUGUCCGGCCUACCCUGUCAACAUUUUAGCCCUGGUCUUUUCUGUAAUGUCCAGAAAUAGUUAUGAUCAGGGGGAUUAUGAGGGAUCAAGGCGUUUAGGGAAGAUGGCGCUCUAUGUGUCCAUCGCAUCCAUCAUCAUCGGCAUCCUCAUCAUCACCAUCUUCUUCGCUGUGCAUUUCAGCACGAAGGAUGUUUAAUAUGCCAGUAUUUUUGUCAUGCUGUGCUCCGGGAGAAGGAUGUCCACCGGGUCGCUCUGUCUGUCGAACUGAACAGAGAUGUUAGUAAUGAAAGCAGGAGCAGGACAGAUCCAGCACAAGAUCUGCAGUCCAGCUCUGAAUGAACAUGCUUAUAAAAGAGACGUAGAUGAUGGAAUUAGUCAAGCAAUGUUUUCAGACAAUCACAUUCAAUGUAUGCACUUUGAAAUCACUGAAUAAUAUGCAUCCAUGGAAUAUGUAAAUAAUUUUGUAAUCUAUGCAUGUCUGUUCUUUUUCUAAUUCUUUUUCUGGCUAUCCUGUAUUAAAAUGUACAGCUAUAGGUUUCAGGGUUGAAUUUCAAAACAAAAAUUAUUAAUAAUGACCUUUACUAGUAACUAUCAUCAGAACACAUCACACUGUUUACAGUCUUCAAGUCUUAAAAGCUCUUAUGAAUAAUGUAAAAACUAAUCAUGGACAUACUGAAUAUGUAAAUAUUACUCAUUUUUGGUGCUUAAAGUUUUCCUCUGCCAGUAGAUCAUGAAAACAAGGAAAGGGAUCUUAAUUUUUUAUAACAACCAAUUAAUAUUGAUUCUUUGUAUUUGAGUUUAACAUUUAAUCACACAGGCUAUUUAGUCUAUUGUAGAGAUGUUUGUGUUUUACUGAAUAUUUUACAAAUGAAAAACACUAAUUCGGAAUUACAUGUUUUGAUGAACUUGUCCUAAUUAAUUAAUACAUCUAAUUUAUAAAGCACCAUUCGUACAAAGCUGAAACAUGUCAUUUUUUGCAUCAAUAAUGCUAAUGCAUGAAAUUAACCACAACUGUGUGUGGAAUUAUAAUAAAAUAACAAUAAUGCCAGUUUCCAAACAAAACAGAAGCAAAGGAGUUGCAUGUUUUGCGUCUUUGAACAGCUUCCAUAAAUCUGGAUUAUAAAAUGAGAUACACAUUGACUUUAUAGCUGGUCUAAUAUCAGACGUAUGUAGACCAAAUCAGGGGUGCAUUUCCCAAAAUCAUAGUUGCUAACCUGUUAGCAACUUACUUGGUUGGCAAUGGGAAAUUGCAUUGCAACCAACAAAGUUACUAACUUAGUAAGCAACUAUGGUUUUGGGAAACGCACCCCUGAUCAGUAAUGGAAGUGAAAAAUGAUAGCGUUAUAUGAAGAUUAAGGCUAUUGACCCUUAUUUUUCGAUCUCCCCCGAGCCCUUCAUCUUGAAGCCAGAGAGCUGGUGUAUUUGGAGAUGCACAUUGAGCCCUCAUCUGUGCUAUAUAUAGUGUUGGGUCUCAGUCCCGCGGCGGUGUCAGGGGCCAGCAGGGGUCACAUGACACGGGAUAGCUGCUUUAGCACUCACUGUGCUGAAAACACAAGAACGUAAAACAAACAGAGUUAGAUAUGAAAUGUGUUAUGGGACACUCAGAUGUGUUGUCUCCUUCUGAUAAAGAGCUUGUUGUAAGGUAUUUCUCAUUUAAAAUUCACUUUAGAUAAAAGCUUCUGCUAAAUUAAGAAAUGUAAAUGUAAAUAUAGAUAUAAAUUGCCUUUACCUGCAGUGUAAAGUGUGUCAUUCGUAUACACAAGAACGAGAGACAACAUUAGCCAUUUUUUUGUUUCAUACAAUGUAGUGACUCAUCCGCCUUCCUUAUCCAGUGUCGUUUUAUUAUCUGAAGUAUCCUGUACCCUGAUAAUGUUGUGACAGGCCGAUGCAAAUGAUCAGUGCCCCAGCUAACAGGGAACAAUCACAUAACUUUCACUAACAGUCUUUAAAAGUUAGGUAAAUAUAAGGACAAAAUAUUAUUGUUUAUUGGGGUUCUUAUUCAUAGUUUGUAAAUUCUUAGAAUAAUGUUCUUUGAACAUCCUGAUGUUAUUUGUACUUAAUAAAUGUUCAGAGAAAACAUUAAUAUAACAUUCUUAGAAUAUUCUUAUAUUGUCAUUUGCCUGAAGCUUUCAUAAUGUUAUCAUGAAACGUUCUUACGAUGUCAUUUGUACACCAACUUGAUGAACAUUCACUUCGAAUGAAAUUUUUUUUUGAAUAAUAGUCUUUAUGAUGUUAUCAAUAUUUGCAGCAUGUUUGCAAAAAAAUGUUUUGAGAAUAAUUUUAAUGAAAUGUCAUUAGAGUGUUAUUUGUCAGAGCAUAUGUCCAAUUAUUAUUAUUAUUUUUUGUGUUUCUACAGUAGGCUACAAAACAGCUUUUUAGAGAAAAGCAUGAUUUUAUAAUAUUAAUAUCAUCUUAGAAUCUUCAUGUCUUAGUCCCAGUUAGCAAAUACCCAGCUAACAGAGAACAUUCUCAGAACGUUCUCUCAAAGUUAUGAACAAACAUUCUUCCAGUUCGCAGAAUGUUCGUUUAAAGUUAUGUGUUGAUAACAUUCUCAAAACAGUAACACACACACUCACACACAAAUGCUAUAUAAAUGUCUUAUUCACUUAUUCAUUCAUUCAUUCAUUCAAAACACUAUUUAGACAUUGUUCAGACCUUUUUCUUUUUUAUAAGGAUGUAAGUUCAUUUUUUAAACAUAACUACUUAUACUUCCCAUAAUGUAUGCACAAUGAUUCAAUGGAACGCUCUUUAAUGUUUUUCCUAGCAUUCGCAUAACCAACAUAAAGCAUUUUUUUAAACAUUUAAAAAUUGAAGGUCUUAAACGUUCUUAACUUCUAAAAAAUACAGUUGACUUGAUGUUCUUAUGGUUUAUUUUAGCUGUUUUCUGACGUUUCUCUUUGUUUGGUCUGGUUGCUUUUUCUUUAGAAUUAGCUUUUUUUUGGAGCUGAAAAAGCUGGUGCCAGAUGAAAGGUCAGCUUGCAGCUGCUGUUGGUGUAUAACUACACCUUUGCCUUGAGGGCAGAGCAACAUGAACUAGCUGAACAAUCCUGGGGUCAGACGGUCAGCAGGUGCUCUUUAGAUGGACAAACGGAUGUUUCCUUUACAUGCUUCAGUAAACAGACAGAAAGACACCUGAGAACUUCCGCUCGACCCAUCAAAGUGUUUUUCAAAGGAUGUUAGAAAAAAAAAUAAAUUAGUUAUGCAUCAGGGAGAAAAAAAGAAAUCUCACCCUUUUACAAAAAUGACGUCCUGAUGAUCUUUAUUAAGCAGUCGUCAAUACAUUAAAGCAAAAAUGUACUCGAGGUCUUGUUAUAAUACAUGUUGCUCUGUCCAUCCCCUCUGUGUUUUUCGAACAGCUUUGUCUCCUCCUGCUGGUGAUGUAUUAAACAACAUCCAGUGACUGCAUGCAUUUGUUGCAUUAUGUCAUU